AUGAAUUAUCCCAUGCUGCUGCUCUUCUACACCUGCUCCAGCGCGAGAUUUGGUCUGUACAGUGCACUGUACGUCCUGCCCGAUUCUGAAGCGCGCAUCCUCCAACGUAUGCGUGUUUUCAUUGUUUUCCGGCAUCACCCGGUCGUCGUCGCUUCAUCGCAGACUGCGUCGAGCACUGAGCGCAACCCCAGCAUCUGGACGAACGGGGAAAAUAUCCUGGAUUCCGAUCUCCGUGUCUGUUGUACUGUUGCUACUUCCUCCCAGAAGCUCGGCCGCGCCUCGACCUUCGUCCAUCUCAACCAAAUUCGCCUUCGCCAGCACAACCAACGCGGAACAGAUCAACUUCACUCCCCCAUGAUCAAGAUCGUCAAGCUCCUCGCUGUCGCCGCCGUCGCCACCAUCGUCCUGGCCACGCUGUCCCUGUCGGAGGCUGCGGCGCAGGCUCCGGCUCCGAUCCCGGCUGGCACCAAGUGGUCGUCGCGCAACUAA